ACUCCUCGGUUGUUUUGAUGUCGGUUUGUGUAGUCAUUUGUCAUAAGCUAGAACUUUUAACUAGUCUUUUUCUUGUGUUUUGGUGGGAAGGACACGCAGAAUAACAUUCAGUAUGCAGAGUCCGAGCUGAUAAAGGCAACCGUGUGGUGAAUGAAAGCGGACAUAAGACUUAAAACAGUGGUUAGCUGUUCUGUUCGCUGGCUAGCAGAGAGCUCGUUACUCUAUCAUUAAAGUUUGGUUCAACAUGGAUUGUACGGCGCUGGAACUUGAUGGCGUCACAUUUGCCAAAACUGCUGUCACCUAUGACCAGAAUGCCAAAUAUAACGAGGCUGUGUUUUAUUAUAAGGAGGCAGCCCAGGCUCUGAUCUAUGCUGGCAUGGCAGGGUCCAAACUGGAAGGGCUGCAGGACAAAGUGAAUGAAUACUUGGACCGGGUUCAAGCCCUCCACAAUGCAGUCCAGUCCCAGAAGAGUGACCCGCUGAAAUCCCGCCACCAGGUGGAUCUGGAGCGUGCCCACUUCCUGGUUACCCAGGCCUUUGAGGAAGAUGAGAAAGGGAACGAUGAUGAAGCUAUAGAACUCUACACUCAGGCUGUGGAGCUGUGCAUUAAGACGUCAAAUGACUCAUCAGACCAAACUCUUCAGACGAAGCUGAAGCAGCUGGCUCGCCAAGCUUUGGACAGAGCUGAAGGUCUUAAAGAGUCGCAGUCCAAAUUGAACUCAGCACAGUCUCAGGACAGAACAGGGCCUCCAGGAACAAAGUCCAGCUGUGGUGCUGGUUCUGGUGGACCGGUUCGUCAGUUUUCCCCCCUCGGGCCAGACUUCUCCCUCCACGACCGACCACAGCCUCAACCAAUCAGGGCGGUCCAGUCUAGUGAGCCCCAGGGUCAGCGGUACACAGCUGAGGAGAUCGAGGUCCUCAGGAGUACAUCUACAAUCAAUGGUAUUGCCUACGUGCCCUUCAUGAGUGUGGACCUAAAGGAGCGAUUUGCCUUCCCUGUACCUUUCUCGGACAAAACUGGGAAACUUGCUCUGUCACCCAAACAGAAAGCCAUCUUCUCUCGCUGGGUUCGACCUGAUGAGAUCUGCAAUAAUCCCACCAUGAUCAUGUCUGUGUCCAGCUUCAGCAUCAAACAGACGGUUGUCUCUGACUGUUCGUUUGUGGCCUCACUGGCCAUCAGUGCAGCUUAUGAGAGGCGCUACAACAAGAAACUCAUCACCAGCAUAAUCUACCCUCAGAACAGGCGAGGGGAGCCGGAGUACAACCCCUGUGGAAAGUACAUGGUCAAACUUCACAUCAAUGGGGUGCCCAGAAAGGUGAUUAUAGAUGACUACCUGCCAGUGGAUCGUAACGGGGAGCUGCUGUGCUCCUACUCCAGCAACCGGAAUGAGCUCUGGGUUUCCCUGAUAGAGAAGGCUUACAUGAAGGUGAUGGGUGGCUACGAUUUCCCCGGCUCCAACUCGAAUAUUGAUCUACAUGCACUCACCGGCUGGAUCCCUGAGCGCAUUGCUAUGCACUCUGACAAUCAGUCUUUCAACAAGCAAGACACCUUCCGCAUGCUCUUCCAAAGAUUUCACAGGGGUGAUGUUCUUAUCACCACGGCAACGGGAGUGAUGACUGAGGAGGAAGGGGAGAGAUGGGGUUUAGUGCCCACACAUGCCUAUGCAGUUCUUGACAUCAGGGAGUAUAAGGGAAUGCGUUUCCUGCAGCUGAAAAAUCCAUGGAGUCAUCUGCGGUGGAAGGGGCGCUACUGCGAGCGAGAUGAGAAAAACUGGACGCCAGAGCUCCUUAAAUACCUCAACUUUGACCCCAAGACAGCACAGAAGUUUGACAAUGGUGUUUUCUGGAUUGCAUGGGAGGAUCUUUGUCAGUACUAUGAUGUCAUCUAUCUAAGCUGGAGCCCUGGACUGUUUAAGGAGUCCUCCUGUAUUCACAGUAGCUGGGAUGGAAAGCAGGGACCAGUUAAGGACGUUUACAGUCUUGCAAACAAUCCUCAGUACAAGUUGGAGGCCCAGUGUCCAGCAGGGGGAGCCGCUGUGUGGGUGCUGCUCACCAGACACAUCACUGACAAGGACGAUUUUGCUCAAAACAGGGAGUUUAUCACUCUGGUUGUUUACAAGACAGAUGGCAAGAAGGUUUACUACCCGGCUGACCCUCCUCCUUUCAUCGAUGGUAUCCGCAUUAACAGCCCUCACUAUCUGACCAAGAUAAAGCUGACCUCUGCAGGAACACACACCUUCACACUAGUGGUUUCUCAGUAUGAGAAGCAGAACACCAUCAACUACACUCUGCGGGUGUACUCUGGAUGCAAAUUCACCUUCGCCAAGAUCCCAAAUCCCUUCACCCACACUAAAAGGAUCAACGGCCAGUGGAAAGGACUCAGCGCUGGGGGUUGUGGAAACUAUAAGGACUCGUACAAAAACAACCCCAUCUACCAAAUAAACCUGGAACGGCCCGGCCCACUGCUGGUGGAGCUGCGUGGAUCCAGGCAGUACAGUGUUGGGUUUGAGAUGGUGGCCGUGUCGACGGUGGGGGAUCCAGGACCGGCUUCCUUCCAGAAGAAGAACAGUGGAGAUUACAGAUGCGGAUUCUGCUACAUGGAGCUGGACCUCGUCCCAGCAGGCAUCUACAAUGUCACCCCCACCACCUUCCUGCCCAAACAGGAAGGACCCUUCUUCUUGGACUUUGCCAGCACUUCACCUCUCAAGGUCUCCCAGCUCCAGUGAAGAUGGAGCAAAAGACAAAACAGCAAACAGAGAAUGGCAGGGAGGUACUAAAGUGAGGAAGGCAUCAUGGGAUUUUCAUUAGACUGCAGUUUGAGUAUGAAUGAGGGAAUGAGAGCUUCAUAAAGCUCAAAGUAACCAGAAAGUGACUGCUACUUCACUGUCCAUGCCUUCACACAGUGGAACCUCUCCAAAUUUAAAUGGACAGAUGGUGGGUAUGAAGGUCUUUGACUGAACCAAAAAAGUCACAUAAUUCUGUGAAAAAUAAUGUUUUGAUAAACUAUUGUUAUUGAUAAUAUAGUUUAAAGGCACCAGAGAUUGGCAUGGAAACACAUAACGACAAGUCCAAACGGGCUAAAAUAUAUGCAUACAUCCCUUCUAAUAUUUGGAUAAAUUAAUCUUUGCAAGUUUCAGAGAAACUACGAACAUUUUUGUAGCCACCAACAAGUUCCUGGCGUAAUUCUGAGUGAAUUUUGGACCCCUCCUCCUAUCAAAUUAGGUAGAGCUCAUAAUAACUCAGUUGGGGUCCUGGCACAAGUUCAGUGGUCUUCCCAAAAGGUUACUGUUAGCUUGUUUUAUCCUUUCCAAAACCAGUUCUGAUUUGUGUUGGGGGUCAUUGUCCUGUUAGAACACCGAUCUGUGUGCUUUUUUUAGAUGGUUACCUGUCCAUUUGAGGUAAAAUAAAAUUUAAAAAAAGUUUUUCUCCAGUUUUCGUUAAUCUAGGCUCUUUGCGCAAAAUAGCUGCAUCACUGACCCUCGGCAUAAUGCUGCCACCAUCAUGCUUGACAGUUAGAACGGUGUUCUUAGGCUUGAUUUUUCCAGACAUACUUCUUACCAUUGUGGUCAGAUAGUUCAGUCUUUGUCUCAUCUAAACAAAGAACCUUUGUUAAGAUUGCAGAUGGCUUGUCCAUGUGGGUAACUGCUUCUAGUUGAGCCUGAAGUUGACGGUUUGGAAGCAGAAGCUUCUUUUAUGACGGUAACCUCUUAGUCUAAGGGGAUAUUAAACUCACGUCACUGUGAUCACUGACUGAUGCUCCACGAUCUUCUCGUCUUUAAACCUAAGUCUUGGUGGUUCUUUAGGUGUUCCUGAACAUUCUAACGAACCUCCUUUCAUCUGAAAUUUUGGCACAGAUGCUUGAUAUUUAGAGACGACUGGAUGUUCCAGCAGGACAAUGAUGCCUAGCGUUUAAUAGGUUUUGGAAUUCCCACUGAAUAAAUUUACUCAGAUUAAAUGUUGCAUUUUCCUUCAGUGUGAGAUUAUCCUACAAUUAAAGAUGAAGGAUUUUUCACUUCUAUAUCAGAGGUGUCUAUAAAUGUGGAAGUCGCAGUAUUUGUCAUUGAAUAGAAGUGUUAAAUGAUGCCAAGUUACUGAAUGUGUCCUAACACCAGUUUGGUUCUGAUGUUCCCGAAGCUCAUUAGUGCAGAACCAUGUGAGUAAGAGGUUGAACGACUUUUGCUUUCAUAGAAUAAAUAAAACAUGUUUCUUUGAAUGAGUUAUCGAAUCAGUCGAUAACUGCUGCUAACAAUAUCAAGUACAUUGAAAGAUGGUCGCAUGGCAGGAAACUUUGUUUUUCCUCAAAAACUUGUGGUGGUUUUUAAACUCAGGAGCAGCACAGGGAAUCCAGCAUGGUGACAUCUGAAUGAUUUGUCAGUGUGGUGCUGAGUGAGUCCUCACUGCUUCACGCAGGCAUCACUGUACUGCAAGUGCUGUAUCUGAUUGUUCGUGUUCAUGUGAAAAUACUUGUUGAGAAACGUCUUUACUGCCAAGUACUCAUACUCUGUUUAUUUUUACUGUGCUGCACUGUUUGUAUCAAACUACAACAGUGGAGGGAAUUAAGAUGUAAUUUUCUCUCAACCCAAGAAUCAGCUGAUCUGAAUUCAGGAUUUGUGUUUGGUGUCACCUUUCAGCAGCCUGUCAGAUAAAUAUCUGCAGCACACCAGCUGAAUAAGUGCUGGAUCAGUACUACAAGAUGCUACUAGAUCUCACACAGUGAUCGCUUCAUAAAUGAGUGAAUAUUUUCAACUGCUUUCAGUCUAUUUACAACACAUGGUCAGUCGGGCCAACCUGAAUCACUGUUAUUAAACUCACUGAAGUUUUAUUUUUAACUUUUGAAAAUGGUAAACUUGGAUUUGGGUCAUGUUGUUGCCUCCUAAACUUUGGUGAAUUUAGUUUGCUAAGGUUUUGUGGAGUCAGUGGCGUUCAUACUAGGAUGGCCUCAUUCGCUCCAUUUCACCAAAGCAUAUUGUUUUAUUUUCCAACAAUACUUCUAAGUGGAUUUGGGUUUUAUUUCAUUUUCAAGUAAAAAGCUGAAAAUGAUCCGACACUUGGGAUUAUUGUUUACUCAGGAAAAUGUUUGAAAAAUUGAAGAAUCACAUCAUCACAUACUUUUACUUUGCUUUUAUUGCCAAUUAAAACCCCAAAUUUAAAACGAAAGUGCUAUAAAUACAGAGCAACCAAUCAUAUUUCAGCAGUUUCUGCACAAAUGAUUUUCACAUCCUUUUGUUUAACGGUGAGAAACAACAUGAUCUUUAGUCUGCAUGAAACACUCCUUUCCAUUCAGAUUCAUUACAUUACAUUGAACGCUGUGCAUCAAAUGUUGACUAUAUUAUUCACUAUUGAGCAUAAAAACUGAUUUCUGUUCAUCACAAUUUGCUGCAGCUUUGCAUUCAAGCUGUUGGGAAGAUUUAAACCCAUAUUUUUUCCCAUAAUGACUCUCGCAGUACUCUGUGCCACCGUGUGCAGCGGUAUGACACGUUUACUGGAGGCUUACAGUAAACGAACUGUUGGUUGGUGUGUUAACGGGUAAAAUGAUCUUUUUAAAAUGUGUCUUUGAAUCAUCCAUUACGCAGAACGUCUGUGUACCAGUUGAUAAAUAAUUUAUUGUCAUGAAAACCA